GCCGGGGGCAAGUAGUGUGAGCGGCUUCAAAAGUGACUGAAAACGUAAAAUGACUCAUCGGCACCUGAGCAAUUGGUUGUUUUUAUUUGAUGUGACAUUCCCCGGGACUGGAUUGUAAAGAGGAAACGAUGUCAGACGCCGAGGCGGCUCGCAGUCCAGACCAGCUGAAUAAAUUCGAGAGACUGACAGGCCGCCCGCCGCACGCAGUGACGUUAGCAGGUCAUCGCAAUCCCCCUGCCCGCAGUGGACAUCGUUGUGUUGCUGACAACACUAACCUUUAUGUGUUUGGAGGGUAUAAUCCUGACUACGAUGAGUCGGGAGGCUCAGAGAAUGAAGACUACCCGCUGUUCCGGGAGCUCUGGCGAUACCACUUUGCUACAGGCUGCUGGCAGCAGAUUCGAACGGAGGGCUUCAUGCCCACAGAGCUGGCGUCUAUGUCAGCUGUUCUACAUGGCAACAACCUCCUGGUGUUUGGUGGCACUGGGAUCCCGUUUGGUGAAAACAACGGUAACGAUGUUCACGUAUGUAACGUGAAGUACAAGCGAUGGUCGCUGCUCAACUGUCGAGGGAAGAAGCCCAACAGAAUCUACGGACAGGCGAUGGUAAUUAUAAAUGGUUUCCUGUACGUGUUUGGAGGGACGACGGGUUACAUCUACAGCACAGACCUGCACAGGCUGGACCUGACGACCAGGGAGUGGAUCCACCUAAAACCCAACAACCCUCCCGAUGAUCUGCCUGAAGAGCGAUACAGACAUGAAAUAGCACACGACGGGCAGAGAAUCUAUAUUCUGGGAGGAGGAACUUCCUGGACAUCAUAUCCUCUGGAUAAGAUUCACGCCUACAACCUGGAGACCAAUUCCUGGGAGGAAAUCACAACCAAGCCUCACGAUAAAAUCGGCUAUCCUGCUCCGAGAAGAUGCCAUAGCUGCGUACAAAUACGGAACGAUGUAUUUAUCUGUGGAGGCUACAACGGGGAAGUAAUAUUAGCAGAUCUUUGGAAGAUAAACCUGCACACUUUCCAGUGGAGUAAACUACCAGCAGUGAUGCCGGAGCCGGCCUACUUUCACUGUGCUGCCGUCACCCCGGCUGGCUGCAUGUACAUUCACGGUGGCGUCGUCAACAUCCACGAGAACAAGAGAACUGGCUCUCUGUUCAAGAUCUGGCUGGCUGUGCCCAGCCUGCUGGAGCUCUGCUGGGAAAAGCUCCUCAAGGCCUUUCCACACCUGACUUCACUCCCCACCAUGCAGCUGCUCAACCUGGGGCUCACGCAGGAAUUGAUCGAACGCUUGAAAUAGCAGCAAUGGAAGUUUCCAGGCUGAGGAGCAGGGAGACGAGGCCUGACAGAGCACAGCCUGGGGAUAAUACCCCCCCACCCCCACCCUGCAUAACGUAGCCCCGCCUUAAAACCAAAAACAAUGGGAUGCCUUUUUGCGUUGGUUUCAUUCGAAUUUUUUUUUUUUUCUUUUGUAGUUACAGUGACGAUGACGGAAAAUAUGUCGAAUGUCGUCUGGAUUUUACUCGAACCCCCGCGCCGCCAUCUCUCCUUACAUGAUGCCUUUGUGUCAAGCCGAGUACGGAUUCCUGGUUCUUAUCCUCUGAACUGUUCCAAAUUUAUUUUGCCAUUAAGUUUCACACUGUCCACUCUUACUCAGUUGUCUUUUGCUUUCUCUGAAUAUUUUAAGGACUUCAUGCAAGAGAAGAGUGCAUGUGUAUUUAAUUGAAAGACUGAAUCACUUUUUUCGGUGGGGGACUCUUGUAAACUGAUAUUGCCAUUUGCACAUUUUGUCUUGCAUAUUUGUAGGCAUUUACUUUUUAAAAAAAAUUGAAUUCUACAAGCGGAAGUGAGCACAGUAAUGGUUUCAGCCCAAGACGGAGGCAGACGGUGGUUUUUCUGCUUUUUAGCCAAUUUAAUACAGCCCUCAUGUAUAAUUUUCACUGUCAACUUGUAGUAUUUCACACUUUUAAAUGUUUUUCCAGAUAAGUAUGUAUUUUAAUUUGUCACAAUCUUUAAAGAAAACUCAAAAAUUUGAAAGCUGCAUGGACUAAGAAGUCAGUCAUUGAUUUUCAUGCCUGCUUUUACUGUCCGUGCUGUUAAUCCUGCAUCAGUUUGACACCAGUAAAAGCAGACAUGAUGUCCACUGUACAUCGUUUACCAAUCCUUUGCAAACUAUUUUUCUAUCUGAUAAUGCUGUCUGCUUAGGAAGAAAGGAAAACCUGAACAUGGUAAACAUUCAAAUGCUAUUUGUGAUGAAACAUUAAGAAACACUGUGUGCUCUUAAUUUGCAUGUAAUGAAAGGCUAAGUGCUGGUUUUUCCAGUGUAUGGACUCUUGUAUUUCUUGUUUCCCCCCUUACAAACAUUCUGAACAUCUCCUGAAAUGCUAUAGAUAAAGAUGGGUUUCAACAAGAUAAUUUAUUUUUAGUGUUUGCCUGUUGUGUUCAUUUGUGAAACAAACCAUGCUACACAUCACUGUGAACUGGGUGCUGUUCAAAAUUUAUUUAAAAUGCUAUUUGAAUAAAGACUUAAUUCUG